GGCUCGUGUAAUCUCCAUAGUAGAAUGCUUCCAUACCAAAUAAUGUUAAAAUUAGUUAUCUAAAACCGCGGAUAGAAAGCAAACCAGUAACGCCGGUUUUAGUAACGUGACUGUAGAGAGACAAAUGAUGCAAUGUUGAUUCUCUGCUGUUAUGCACGUUCGGAUAUGAGUGAGCAAGUGCAAAUCUGGCAACCAAGGGGGAAUAAAGUCAUCUUCUGAUUGGCUACUCAAAGCGGAAGGCGGGUAAUCAUGUGUUCUAUCGUCAAAACAAAGCAUACAUAUCAUGCUAAAUGACAAGAGUUGUACCAGAUAAUUUCUAUAACUUUUAUUAUAAGCUUCAUUACGUCGACAUAAACAUAACUGGUGUUCGUAGGUGUGCUGUCAACUGAAAAGCUCUCUGCAUCUCUGACGCUGUUUCAGCAGAUUAAAACAAGAGCCAAUAGCAACAUGCAGUCUAAUGUCAGACGAUUUGGAGGACAAGGAUUAACCUUUAUAGAUUUCCUGAAUGUUGACCACACGGAGACAAUAACGCUGUCCCAGGCAAUACGGAAUUCAUCAGAAGAUGUAUCAGCAAUCCAAGACCUGGAAAACGAAGCAAAUGUCCUCUUCGGGAAUAUUCAAGGCACCGUGGUGGGUCUGCGAUAUUACACAGGGGUGGUCAACAGAGGAGAGAUGGUGUCUCUGGUCAGAGAGCCUCAAAAUCCAUAUGACCGAAAUGCAGUAAUGGUGGCGAAUGUGUAUGGAAGCCAGGUGGGACAUAUGAAAAAAGAGCUUGCAGCUGCAAUGGCCCCUAUCAUUGAUGGCAACCUGGCUAAGAUUGAAGGGGUAGUACCCUAUGGAGAAACAAAUAAGUUUUCAAUGCCAGUGAUACUCUCCUUCUGGGGCAAAGAGGAGAACAAGAAUACUGUCUUAAAUCUACUUAGUCGCCAUAGUUACAAGCUUGGCCCUGGAUCAGGUGUUAAGGCAUCCCAAGGACCUGCAGCUCCCAAGAGACUGAACUCCAUUCCUUUGACAACUGAACAGCUGAAGAGUGCCUUUGACAAACUGUUUGAUGACCUGAUGGAAGACAAGACUCGAGAGAUGGAGCCUGCUGAGGCGGUUCAUACUCCACUGCUCCCCCAUCAGAAGCAGGCCCUCCACUGGAUGACCUCGCGGGAAAACAGCAACGAUUUGCCCCCCUUCUGGGAACAAAAGAGUGGCCUGUACGUCAAUGUUCUCACCAACUUCGCCGUGAGGGAAAGGCCUGAUCGAGUCCGCGGUGGCAUCCUGGCCGACGACAUGGGACUGGGGAAAACCCUCACCACCAUUGCACUGAUUGUUUCCAAUUUCCAUAAUGGAAAACCCUUGCCCCUAGAGAAGAGUGAAACAUCAGAGGCACAGUCAAAGGCAUUGCAAUCGAAAAGACCACAUGAAGAAACCACCACUGUUAAAGGCGUUGAUGCAGAGCAAACUGGAGGGGAGACGAGUGUUCCAAAGAAGAAGGCCAAGACAACCAAGAAAGAAAAUGCUUCCACCAGCAAAGGCAAAGCUGUUUUAAUAGAUGAUCUGGGCUUUGCGGCAGCAAUGGGAGGCUUCACCUCGGAAGGCACCUCCAAGAAGAAAAAAGCAAAGAAGAAGAGCUCAGGGGUCGACAGCCUGCCAUCAGAGAGCAGUGGCAGCUCCAGUGCCAGAGCAACGCUGAUCCUUUGUCCCCUGUCUGUGCUCAGCAACUGGCUGGACCAGUUUGAGCAGCACGUGCGAAUGGAUGUGAAGCUGAAUGUGUACCUGUACUAUGGUGCUGAACGCUGCCGUGACUCACACUUCCUGGCUGGACAGGAUGUGGUUCUCUCCACCUAUAACGUUCUGGCUUCAGACUUUGGUAACAAGGCCAGCAGCCCUCUUCACAAGGUGAGCUGGUUACGGGUGGUGCUGGACGAGGGUCACAUCAUCAGAAACCCCAACGCCCUCCAGAGCAAGGCUGUACUGGACCUCACCUCAGAGAGGAGAUGGAUCCUGUCAGGCACCCCCAUCCAGAACUCCCUGAAAGACCUGUGGAUGCUCCUGUCCUUCCUGAGGCUGAAGCCGUUCGAUGUGAAGGAGUGGUGGAACCGUGUCAUCCAGAGGCCCGUCACACAAGGAGACAGUGAGGGGCUGCAGAACCUGCAGGCGCUGGUUAAGGGGAUCACCUUGCGGCGCACCAAAACCAGCAAAGCAGGGGGCAGGCAAGUGGUGGAGCUGCCGGAGAGGACGGUGUUCGUCGAGCACGUGGCCCUGUCUGAGGAGGAGAGGCAGGAGUACGACCUCGCCAAGAUGGAGGGCAGGAACGUCAUCGCACGGUAUGUCAAACAAGGAACCGUCCUGACUAACUAUGCAGAUGUGUUGGCCAUUCUGGUUCGACUGCGGCAGCUCUGUUGUCAUCCUGGGCUGCUGGGGUCUUACGCCGGAGCAGGCGAGCCGUCCACGCCCAGUGAGCUACGUGAGCGCCUCGUCAGCAAGAUCAGGCUGGUGUUGGGCUGUGGCUCGGACGAGGAGUGCGCCAUCUGCCUGGAGUCACUGCGGCAGCCCGUCAUCACCUACUGCGCCCACGUCUUCUGCCGCCCCUGCAUCUGCGAGGUCAUCCGCUCUGAGCAGGAGCAUGCCAAGUGUCCACUAUGCCGAGCCCAGAUCAAGACCCGGGAGCUGGUAGAGUACCCAGGAGAUGAGGAGGACUCUUUCUCGGCCGAUAGCAAAGACAAGUGGAGGUCCAGCUCAAAGGUGACGGCCCUGAUGAGCAGUCUGUUGGCCCUGCGCAGUGAAGACGGCAGCAUCAAAAGCCUGGUGGUGUCACAGUUCACCAGGUUUCUCACCCUGCUGGAGGUGCCUCUGAGGGAGCACGGUUUUACUUUCACACGACUGGAUGGCUCCAUGAACCAGAAGAACCGAGCCAAGGCCAUCCAGGAGUUUCAGGAUUCCUCUCCCGGCAGCCCCUCGAUCAUGCUGCUGUCACUCAAGGCUGGCGGCGUGGGCCUCAACCUGACCGCUGCCUCUCACGUCUUCUUAAUGGAUCCAGCUUGGAACCCGGCAGCAGAGGACCAAUGUGUUGACAGGUGUCACCGGCUUGGCCAGAAGAGGGAUGUUGUCAUCACCAAGUUCAUUGUGAAGGACUCUGUGGAGGAGAACAUGGUGAAGAUCCAGAAGAAGAAGCAGGACCUGGUGGAGAAGGCAUUUGGUGCCAGAACCGGCCAGGAGAAGAGGCAGUCACGCAUAGAGGAAAUCAGGGCCCUGAUGGAGUUGUGAUUUUUGGGUCGCAACAGUGACUGGAGCACUGAUAUGAAAGGACACGAACAGCAUCAAAUAUUUCCAUGUUGUUAAUUCCUAUGUUCAGGUUUGACCCCUGUCAUAUUUUUGAAACUUUUCAUACUGAUAUCAUUUUGGCCAGUUUACUACAGAAAUGUUUCAGUUCAAAUACAAAAACAGGCCCUUUUCAUACCCAAAAUAAAAGCACAAGGGUGAUACACCACGAGCGG